AUGCAACUUCCGGCAGAGGUUGACAACAAGUCAAAUGGGUCGUCCCUAAGUUGGGAGCCCGUACUGGCAGAAGAUCAACAAGCUAUUGCAAUCAUCGGCAUGGGUGAGUGGUUCUCCACUAGCAGCUCACGGGACUAUCGGUCUGCAUACAUUGGCGUGAUGGUAGUCAUAUUGACAUUGCGCUUUUACAUUGUAGGAUGUCGGCUGCCCGGCGAUAUCAAGUCCCCGACCCAAAUGUGGGAUUUUCUGGCACAAGGGAAAUGCGCCGCUGGUCCAGUACCGCAGUCGCGCUUCAAUAACGAGGCCUACAGGGGCGGGGGAGACGAGCCUGGUACUUCUUUGGGUCCUGGAGGGUAUUUUUUGAAAGAUGACAUACGGCAAUUUGAUAAUCAGUUCUUUGGGAUCAACAAUCGAGAAGCUGUCGACAUGGACCCAGAGCAACGAAGCCUGCUGGAGGUAGUCUUUGAAUGCUUUGAAAGCGCCGGAUACUCUCUCGGGGACCUUUCUGGUGCCGACGUUGGAUGCUAUGUUGCUACUUUCUUACAGGACCAUGCCUCCAUAAUAAGCAAAGAUGUUGAAUAUUUAACACGUUACUCAGCAACGGGAAUAGGAGCCGCUAUUAUUGCAAAUCGCAUAAGUCACAUUUUCAACCUCAAAGGCCCCAGCUGCUCAAUCAAUACGGCCUGUUCAGCUUCAAUUUACGCGUUGCACCAAGCCGUUUCGGCCCUGAGGAAUCAGGAAUGUGAUUCUGCCGUGGUAGCGGGCGUCAACCUCAUUCAUUCCCCGGAUCUCCAUGUCGCGGUAUCACAAGGUGGGGUUCUUUCGCCUACCUCUGUGUGUCACACAUUUGACGAAUCCGCAGACGGUUAUGGACGUGCAGAAGCGGUGAAUGCUUUAUACAUCAAGCGACUAGGUGAUGCGAUACGCGAUGGUGACCCGAUCCGCAGCAUCAUUCGUGGAACCGCCGUUAACAGCAAUGGUCGCACCCCUGGGAUCACACAGCCAAGUAUUGACGGCCAAAUCGCUGUGGCUCGUAAGGCGUACGAUCAGGCUGGCUUGAAGCCCUCAGACACAGCUUAUGUCGAGAUGCAUGGUACUGGCACUGCUGUCGGUGAUGUGAUGGAGGCGAAAUCAGUUGCCGGUGUAUUCUCUGUAGAGCGUCAGGGCCGCCCGCUAUUUGUGGGUGGUCUGAAGCCAAACCUUGGCCACGCAGAGGCUGCAAGUGGCUUGUCCAGCGUUAUUAAAGCCACGCUGGCGCUGGAACGGAAGCAGGUGCCGCCAACCUUUGGUGUCGUGAAUCUAAAUCCCAAGCUUCAGUUGGAGGAGCACGGAAUCCAACUGGUGCGGCAAUUUACUCAACUCCCAGAUCCAAGUCCCGGGUCAGGUCGCCGCAUCAGCGUAAAUUCUUUCGGUUUUGGUGGAGCUAACGCUCAUGCCAUUUUCGAGGAAGCAGGGCCAUACGCCAAAUUCUCCAGGAGCUGCUUGAAAGAGGAGAAAUUGUGGGACGUGCCAAACACGCUCGACUGCGACCGGCCGUAUCUAUUGCCAUUCUCCGCCCAUGACGGGGUUUCUUUGGAGAGACGAGUCGAUCAACUGGGACGACUGAAUCUUCCAGCAGAUAUCAUGACCGACCUGGCUUACACUUUGAGCGAGCGCCGCUCUCACCUCAAGUCACGCGGCUUUGUGAUUGCGCGAGGGGAUACAUUAAAUCAGGAUUUGAAUGCUGAAAACCUUCGAGUAGCCAGCCCAGCUGGACCGAUCAUUUCUCUCAAUCAGAGAUUUGUGUUGGUCUUCACCGGCCAGGGAGCUCAGUGGCAAGGUAUGGCAGAAGAACUGUUGCAAACUCCCGUGUUUGCACAUGCCAUCUCCCAAAUGGACGAGGCGUUGGCUAGCCUACCAUAUCCCCCAUCCUGGACGAUCGCCGGAAUUUUGCAAGACAAAACGGAUCACUGCCCAAUAAACGAAGCUGCGUUCGCUCAGCCGGUCACCACAGCCGUCCAGAUCGGGCUCGUCGAGCUUCUGAAGGCUUUCCGGGUUCCGAUGGACGGCGUCCUAGGUCACUCCUCCGGUGAAAUUGCAGCAGCAUAUGCCGCUAAUCUGCUCGAUAUGCAUGAAGCAAUCGCCCUGGCAUAUUAUCGAGGGUAUGCAGUAACAGAAUGCGCGCCGAUCGGCGCUAUGGCUGCAGUGGGGCUUCCAUCUGACAAAGUUGAAGACUGGAUCCAAAGACAAGGGACAAAAGAGCAUCAAGUGCGCGUGGCCUGCAUUAAUUCGCCCGAAAGCGUCACCGUUAGUGGCGACGCGGAUGGUAUCGAUGCCCUGGUCUCAUGUCUGACGGCGAACGGCACCUUUGCGAGAAAGCUCAAGACUGGCGGAAAAGCAUAUCAUUCUCACCAAAUGAAACCCGUGGGUUCCACCUACGAGCGCCUACUUCGGGAGGCCAAUAUCUUUUCCAGUGCGCCUGCCCAAGGGGAAAAGGUCGAUUCCAAGCCAUGCAUGUUUUCCACUGUUCUUCGCCAGCAGGUUGCGGAGUCCGACGUGCGCACCGCGGCUUAUUGGCGACAAAAUCUUGAAUCACCAGUGCACUUUUCAGAUGGUUUACUGUCUGCUUCAGCUCUGUGGGAUGAGGUGUGCUGUCUCGAAGUUGGCCCACAUACUGCAUUGAAAAUGCCCAUUUUGCAGACUCUGGGUAAAUCUACUCCCUACUUUGGCACCUUGCAGCGUGGAAAGGGCUCGUUAAAUGCUCUGCUAGAGCUUGCAGGGAAUCUUUUCCUGAGCGAGUUUCCCAUACCCUUCCCCCAGUUGCAGGUUCUGUAUCCAAAGUCGAGUCGGCCGCCAAAAGUAAUUCACGACCUCCCGCCUUAUCCGUGGCACUACGAAAAGCUUCUCUGGAAUGAAUCCCGCAUCAGCCGCGAAGUUCGUGAACGCAAGUUCCCGCGGCACGAGCUUUUAGGUACCCCCGUUCCUGGAGGUAACUUAAUCACAUAUGGUUGGCGAAAUCGGCUUUCUCUGGACAACGUCCCUUGGCUGAAAGACCAUAAGCUGGGUGAUACAAUAGUGUUUCCUGCAACAAGUUAUCUCUCAAUGGCAGCAGAGGCUCUUCUACAAGUACGUGGGGUGCAAGUAAAUCAGGAUCUGGCCGCAAUUUCAGUCUGCUUCCAAAAUGUGGACUUGCCAAAUGCGCUACCUAUCGGUGAAAGAGAGACCAUUGAGCUUUAUACUGAGCUUUCAUCUCGUGAAUUGUCCAAUUUGACCUCUUAUCAAGAUUGGUAUGACUUCAAGGUCGUUUCGAUCGCUGACGAUACUCCAACCAUCCGGGCUCGUGGUACUAUCAAAUUACUCAGUGGGCCACCCGACAUGGACGAACGCAAUAUACCGUAUGCUGAGGGUCAGCUUGUUUCAAAAAGCCCGCGGAUGUGGUACGAAAGCAUGGAUAAAUGCGGUCUACGUUACGGGCCCAACUUUCAACACAUGCAGAACAUUCUCACACCUGACACGAGUGAUGUUUUGUAUGCUCAGGCCAAGCUGGAAAAUAUCAGACCCCAAUUUCAAGCCGUACAGCCAUCUCCCCGCUAUCUGAUUCAUCCGGCAAUUUGGGAUAAUGCUUUGCAAAUUGGAUUAGUUGCCAGCGCAGGAGGUAAUUUUGGAUCGAUGGUAGCAAAAGUACCCAAAAGCUUCGGGCGCAUUAGCGUGACAGCAGCCUCACUUACAUCACAUGAAGGGAUGGUUUGCGCUACAUCUACAGUGACUGGCUUUACAAGCAAUGAUGUGAAUACCGCCCUGCUGGACUCAAACCAUAGGGCUUUGAUGUCGGUUGAAAAGAUGUGCAUCACCAAAUAUUCUGGCGGCGACGAAAUGGCAGAAGUUCGGCACCCAUUGUACCGAUUUGUCUGGAAGCCAGAUUUUGACCAAAUACCAAGCGAUGCAGCUUUUGCUGCUGCUUUGCAGCAUGUCAGCGAUAAUACCGAUCUAGGACUUCUCCUCAGGACUGAUAAGAGAAUUCUGAUGGCCAUGGAUCUUGCUGUUCAUAAGGAUCCGAGCGCCGACAUUCUGUUCAUCACCUCGGAUCUAUGGCUGAUUCGCCUGGCACUAUCCGACAUUCUCAAGGCUCAUACAGGACACCAAAGAUUUAACUCCUUCCAUUUAGGCCGUUUCAAGCCAGAUGGCCAGUUGGAAGUUGCCGAACUCCAGCGUUAUGCCUUGCCCGUUGAGAUGGAUUCCUUUUCGCCAUUCGCCGCACCGGCCCCCAAUCAACGGUUUGGUCUUGUUGUCUUGAGUGAAGGGACGCCCCAUCUUGACCGACUUGCUUCAUAUACGAACAAUUUUGCCCGUAUUAUAGAUGGUGGCUAUGUUCAAGGGGAGGCCCUACCAUGCGAAAAGUUCACUGUUUCGCACGCUCUACCAGGUACACUUAUAACAGACCCCGGAAUUCGGAUUCUUCGUCCGGUGCGAAGGGAUAACCAGUCGGGCUCUCAUCAGUUUGAGAAGAUUCUGCUUAUCAGUCGUACGCCGAGCCGGGUCGAGGAUGAUACCUUGCGGGAUUGCCUUGCUGCUGAUCUCUCCCUUCCUGUCGACAAACAUGAGCUGACGGAGCUCACAAAUGUGGAUAUUGAAGACACUACCCUCGUCGUAUCAACGGCAGAGCUUGAACGCGAUGUCACAGCACGGGCUACCCGGGAAGAAUAUGCAGCCAUCCAACGCGUCUUGUCGAAACCAGUUCGGAUGGUAUGGAUUAGUGGUUCGGGGAUCCAUGAAGAUGGUGAUCCAACCCGGGCAGUUUUCCAUGGCUUGGCGCGCGCGAUCAUGAUUGAACAACCAGCGGCUGAAAUUUACAGUCUGGAGCUGUAUCCGAACGCGCAGCCGGCGGAUAUCUCCCGUUAUGUGGCGGGAGUAAUUACAAGGCCCGAAGGCUGUCCGCCUGAUUAUGAAUACCUCCAGAGCGAAGCUGGCCUCCUCGUGAGUCGUGGUGUCCCAGACGAGCCAAUGAACGCUUAUUUCCGCCGCAAAGAACAGGGAAGAGCUAUUAUGGACUCGCUCGACCGCGCGGGGCCUGUGUCGCUCUCCAUGGAAAAGCCGGGCCAGUUGAAUUCUGUUCAGUUCGUCAAGACGCCUCAGGCGAACUUAGGACAAGACGAUGUGCUGGUUCAGGUAAGUUGGAUUGGCCUGAAUGCAAAGGAUGUAUAUGCUCUGGCGGGUCGAGUGCAAACGCCUGGGGCAACUUGUAGUGGAGAGUUCACGGGGACGAUCCUCGCUGUGGGGUCCGCUGUCACUAAUCUCACAGUCAAUGAUCAUGUUGCUGUGCUAUUCCCUGGUCAUUUCAGCUCUCAUGAGGUUGUGCCGGCCCAUAAUUGCGUGAAGCUAGAUCCACAGGACGACCUACGCAGCUUCGCAUCGGUUCUUGUUGUGUUUGCGACUGCUCUCUAUGCUCUAGAGAAUCGCGCCCGUCUGCAACCUGGCGAGUCGGUUUUGAUCCACUCUGCCGCCGGUGGUGUUGGGAUAGCUGCGAUCCAGGUAGCGAAGAUGAUUGGCGCCGAGAUAUUUGCGACGGUUGGAACUGAGGAAAAGAAAAAGUAUCUGGUCGAAACUUUUGGACUCCAGCCGGAUCAUAUUCUGAGCUCACGCAGUCCUGGUUUCGCCGAUCAAAUCCGCUCAGUAACGAAAGGCCACGGCGUGGACGUUGUUCUCAACUCCCUGGUCGGCGAGUUGCUGUUGGAGAGCUGGGAUUGUUUAGCUGAAUUUGGACGAUUUGUGGAAAUCGGCAAAAAGGAUAUCACAGACCAUGGGCGACUGCCUAUGGACCCCUUCGGCCGAGGAGCUACUUUCACAGCCUUUGACCUUGCUUUACUGAGUACUUCGCACUCUCUUGGUACACGGAGAUGCUUCCGUCAGCUUUUUUCUCGCGUCAUAGAACUGGUGCACAGUGGAGUCAUCCAGCCCGUGCCUUUGAAAAGCUUCACCGCAGGAGAGUUGCUCCCAGCAUUUCGCUAUUUCAAUGACCCGGCUCGCAUUGGCAAGGUUGUCGUCUCUUUUGAGGAUCCGAAUACUAUGAUUCCAGUGGUACCGGCGCAGUUCGCUACACAACUACAUCCGGACAAGUGCUACUUCAUGGUCGGGUGCCUAGGAGGGCUGGGCCGGAGUCUUUCCCAAUGGAUGAUAUCUCGUGGGGCAAGGAACUUCCUUUUCCUUGGCCGCAGCGGUACCAGAAAGCCCGCGGCACGACGUCUUGUGGAAGACCUCGAGCAACAAGGAGCACGAUGCAUUGUAAUUGAAGGCGAUGUGACUAAUGCCGACGAUGUCGAAAGGGCUGCAUCAGCAGCCGAGCUUCCCUUGGGUGGUGUGAUCCAUGCUGCAAUGGGGUUGCACGAGGCGAUCUUUUCUGAGAUGUCCCAUGAGGCCUGGCGUGAGGGAACUGCCGCGAAAAUCGAAGGUGCUUGGAAUUUACACAAUGCUCUGUCGAAAUCAAACCGGGAAAGCCACUUGGAUUUCUUCAUUAUGACCAGUUCGAUCAAUGGAAAGAUCGGAACGGCUACGGAGAGCAACUACUGCGCCGCCAAUAAUUUCUUGGAUGUCUUUGCACGAUACCGACAGACCCUAGGUCGCCCUGCCCUCUCGCUUGGACUUGGCGCUAUUGCAGAGGUGGGCUAUCUCCACGAACACUCUCACAUUGAAGAAUUGCUACUACGAAAGGGAAUCCGCUUCCUCACUGAAAGCGACGUUCUGCAGAUCUUCGAUCUCGCACUUUCCAAAUCCCCGACCGCGGCUCAUCCCUCGGAUAAAAUAACAUCGUCUCUGUUGCUGUCCGGGGUAGAGGUGACUACCCUACAACGAUAUCACCAGCAAGGUUUCAAAACAUUCUGGCACUCGCUCACGGAUGUGCGAUUUGCUAUACUCAUCAAUGCUUUGAGGCGAUCCUCUGGGAACACAGCGGGCCAAGGGGACUCGCAUGAAUUUGCGCUUCGCAACGCUGUCGCCGCCAAAGACCCCGCACUGGUCCUCGCAGCAGCUCAGGAGACCAUCACACAAAAACUAUCUUAUAUGGUUCUUGUUCCUGCGGACAAGAUCAAUGUGCACGCUUCUUUGGCUGACUUUGCCAUGGAUAGUAUGCUGGCUUCUGAGCUGCGACAACACAUCUUCAGUGUGGCCAAUGUCGAUAUUUCCUUCCUGACGAUAAUGAGCCCUCAGACCAGCGUCUCUACGAUGGCCAGCAUGGUCGCGUCCGCUUUGCUGCAACGAGCGCAAGAGAAUUCAUGA